UACACAAACAUACGAACGACCUGUUUCAACUUGAACUCUAAACUUUCACAAUCAAUACACUGUCUGUGCUGACUGUAUUGUAUGUAACUGUAUAAACCUCCAUGAUUAUUCCAUGAUUAUUCCUGGCUUCAGAAAUGUCGGAAGUUGAAGAAGAACAAAUGGAUAACGUAAUAGACCCACAAUCUGUUCCUGUUGAUCUUACCCAAAACAAAACAGUGAAGAUAAGAAAUCUUGUUGCUUUCUGGCUUCUUGGGUUAUGUAACAAUUAUGCCUACGUCAUCAUGUUGAGCGCUGCACAUGACAUCUUGGGAAGCAAAGAAACAGUUCCUGAAAAUGAUAUUGACAAGCCAGACGCUAUGUUCAACCUCACCCACUCAACAGGUAUCAACCGAUUUGACUGCAAUCCAGUUUCUACAGGGGCUGUCCUGCUUGCCGAUGUUCUUCCAACAUUGUUCAUCAAGUUGUCAGCGCCGUGGUUCUUUGAUUAUAUUCAAUACAAUAUCUUGGUUGGGAUUUGUAUAGUGACCGCUGUCUCCAGUUUUCUCAUCGUUGCGUUUUCUCAUGUGCUAGCUCUUAGCCUAUUAGGGGUGGUGUUUGCAAGUGUGUCAUCAGGCCUUGGUGAAUUUACCUACGUCAGUCUGAUGGCCUUCUAUGAAAAGAAUGUUGUCUCUACUUGGUCAUCUGGUACUGGAGCUGCCGGCUUCAUCGGAUCCCUCGCCUACGCUGGGUUGACUGAGGCUGGUCUGAGUCCUAGGAAUUCAUUAUUGGUCAUGCUGGUUGUUCCUCUGUCAAUGAUUAUAAGUUACUGGGGAAUAUUAGUCAGCUCUCCUACAAUGAGACAGAGUCAGGAUACCAUACAUUGUAAUGAAGAUAGACAAUGUCUCAUAGAAGAUGAUACUAAGGAUUGCAAGGACAGCCAUCUGACUGUCAAAGAAAAGGGCAGGUUUAUUAAGCAUCUACUGAAAUACAUGGGUCCAUUGUUCCUGGUCUACUUUGCUGAAUACUUCAUCAACCAAGGCUUGAUGGAGUUGAUCUACUUUAAAGGAAUAUGGCUGUCACACAGUGCUCAAUAUAGAUGGUUUCAAGUUCUGUAUCAGCUGGGAGUGUUUAUUUCCAGGUCAUCUGUUAAUAUUGUGAAGUUUAAGUGGCUAUGGAUAUUCCCUAUUCUACAAUGGUGUGUCCUGAUCUUGAUGUUCACCGUUGCCUACUUUGCCUUCAUGCCAACCAUCUUCAUUGUCUUUGCCAUCAUUAUAUUUGAGGGGCUCCUAGGGGGCGGAGCCUACGUCAACACCUUCUAUCAAAUAAGACAAGAUGUCGACCCCAAAUAUAACGAAUUUGCCUUGGGGACAACUACAGUUGCCGACUCAGCAGGUGUAUCACUGGCUGGUGCAGUUGCUCUUCCAGUUCAUAAUGCGUUAUGCGCACUUUGAACCACGCUAAGUAAUGCUUGGUCCAGGCCUGAAAUUUACCAAUAGACUUUAAGAUUUUCUAAUGGAAGUGCCUUUUGCAAAAUGAAAAUGGCUAUGCCCUUAUCCAAAUUGAAAUUCCAGGCCUCUUGGUCUGAAUCCCCAGGCCAAAUUUCUGGCUCUGCUCUCCUGAAAUUCAGUGGUUGUGGUUAGCAGUGGAAUCUGUGCUUAUCAGGGGCCAAUUUCUUAGAGCUGCUUAAGCACAGAAUUUGCUUAAGCACGAAAAUAGCUUGCUUAUUUCACACAUGUUACUGGUCAAAAUUCCAUGCCACAUACAUUGCCUGUGACUGGUAUUUAGCUGUUGUUUACUUAGCAUAACAAUUGAGUGGAGUCUUGGCCGUUUAUCUAAUUUUAUUAAGCAAGAUUGUUAGCUUACACAAAUUUUGUGCUUAAGCAGCUCUAUAAAACUGGCCCCUGUUGUGUAUGUCACAGGCAGACAUGUUAGCAGGGAAUAUUUGCUUGUGCCUGUGUGAACAUCAUGUUACCGAUCAGUCUAAGCUUCCACAGUUAGCACAACACUAUUGCACCUGCACCCUGUACCAAAGGAAAAGUAUAUCUUUGGUUUUAUAUGCAAUAAAACUAGCAUGUUAAAGACAGUGGACACUAUUGGUAAUUGUCAAAGACC